CUGUGUGCCCGCACUGUCCCAUGCGGCUGGAACCCCCAGUGCCUGGGUGGUGCCAAUUUCAACCGGCUCAGUCCAUUUCCCCCAGACAAUCGAAAAGCGACCCCCUCUUCUGUCUGGAGACGGCCCCCCGACAUUCGGUCUGCCUGUCCCACAACCAGCAACUUGCAUCUGCCAUCGCCUGUUUUUCAUCUUGUCGAGAUUGUAGCGAUCCAGGCUGCACGAGAUCACUCGGCGAGCUCGUUCGGUUCUUCUGAUUCUGCGAAACGACAUCGACACUAUAGACCGUCCUGCUGCUUGGUGUCUCACUGGUUUAAUCGCCGCCAGUCGCUGCGGGUUCUAACGCCCUGCCUUCGCCUCUCACACGCCUGCCGUUUUUCACGCCAUUAACUCUCGCCUUACAUUUAUUGAAACGCUGCGUCCUUCAACAUGCCUAUUCCCAGCAUUCUUCGCAAGCGCCAUGAGGCCGAGGAGAUUACUCCCGUCUCGGGGCCUCUGGAUGGCGACGCUACGGGUGUGGACCAUCUCAAGCAUCUCUAUGAAUAUGAAAAGUCGCACAAGUUCGACCCUAACCUUCCCAUCGAUGAGCUCAACGAUCUUGAGGCUGCCAUCGCCACUGCAAAUGGCGAAAAGGGUAUUGAGAUAGAGCAUGCGCUCAUGGAAGACAACAGCCCGUAUCCUGAGGUCCGCGCUGUGGUGAGAAACUAUGAUGUUGAUGUCCCGGCAAACACUAUCCGUGCCUGGGUUAUUGGUCUCGUUCUUUGCACCAUCGGUUCUGGCAUUAACAUGCUCUUCUCUCUCCGUAACCCCAGCAUUUAUAUCACGACUAUUGUUGUCCAGCUUGUCGCCUACCCCAUUGGCCGUGGAUGGGAUCUCAUCAUGCCAGACAAGGAAUGGACUGUCUUUGGAUACAAGUUCAACCUUCGACCCGGCAAGUUCAACUUCAAGGAGCACGUCAUCAUCACCUCCAUGUCUAAUGCUGCCUAUGGUGGUGGUGUGCUGUAUGCCACAGAUGUCAUUCUCGCUCAAAAGGUCUUUUAUGGUCAAGACUUUGGAUGGGCUUUCCAGCUUCUUCUUGGUAUCACCACAUUGUGUACCGGUUACGGUCUCGCUGGCCUCGCCCGUCGCUUUUUGGUUUGGCCUGCGGCCAUGAUUUGGCCAGCCGAUCUUGUCAACUGCGCUCUCUUCUACAGUCUCCACGACCACACUCCGUCUGACCCUACCAAGACUAACGGCUGGUCUAUUGGACGCUACCGCCUCUUCCUCAUCAUUGGCGCUACCUCGUUUGUAUGGUACUGGUUCCCAGGCUGGAUCUUCCGCGGCCUCUCGUAUUUCUCUAUCCUUUGCUGGAUCUGGCCAAAGAGCGUUAUUGUCAGCAAGAUCUUUGGUGGCACUAGCGGCUAUGGAUUGAUGCCCAUAACGUUUGACUGGACGGUAAUCACUGGUUACAUGGGAUCUCCCCUCAUCCCCCCUUUCCAUGCUAUCGUCAACGUCAUGGCUGGUGUCAUCUUCUUCUUUGUGUUUGUCUCCAUGGGCAUUCACUUUAGUGGUGCUUGGUACUCAGACUACUUCCCCGUUCAGUCCGGAAACCCCUUUGAUAACACUGGUAAUGUGUACGAUGUCAAGCGCAUUUUGGACAAGCAAGGCCUAUUCAACGAAACUGCCUACAAGGAAUACUCGCCUUUGUUCCUCUCUACCCAGUUUGCGCUCUCCUAUGGUGUUUCUUUUGCAGCUGUUGCAGCUGUCCUCAUCCAUGUUGCCCUCUACCAUGGCGGCGAGAUUUGGACCCAGUUCAAGUUGGCCCGCAAUCAGGAAGACGACGUUCACAUGCGACUCAUGAAGAAGUACCGUGAUGCUGAGGAUUGGUGGUAUGCUGCUCUCUUGGUCAUUAUGGUUGCCAUUUCCUUUGGUGUCAUCUGCGGAUGGCCCACUGGCUUCCCUCCCUGGGCUCUCAUCCUGUGUUUGAUCCUCCCUGUUAUUUGGAUCAUCCCCAUCGGUCUAGUCCAAGCCAUCACCAACAUUCAGCUCGGCUUGAACGUCUUGACUGAAUUCAUCAUUGGUUACAUGGUCCCUGGUCGCCCCCUUGCGAUGAUGCUGUUCAAGAACUAUGGUUACAUUUCCAUGUCCCAAGCUUUGUACUUUGCCCAGGACUUGAAGCUUGGUCAUUAUAUGAAGGUUCCACCAAGAGUCAUGUUUGCCUCUCAGCUUGUUGCCUCCAUCUGGUCUGCUAUUGUGCAGAUUAUUGUUAUGAACUGGGCCCUCAACAAGAUUCCCGAUGUGUGCUCUGAGAACCAGCAGGACAAUUACACAUGCCCAGGAGGACGCGUCUACUUCACAUCGUCUGUUGUAUGGGGUGCUAUUGGCCCUGCCCGCAUCUUCAGCAACGGUGCCAUCUACUCAUCGUUACAGUGGUUCUGGCUCGUGGGAGCUGCCAGCCCUGUACUGACAUAUUUGAUGGCCCGUAGAUGGCCCAAGUCUAUUUGGCGCUACGUGAGCAUGCCCGUCAUCUUUGGCGGCGCUGGCCAAAUCCCACCAUCCACAGUCUACCUCUACCUAUGCUGGGGAACUGUUGGUCUCGUCUUCAACUUCUUCAUCAAGCGUAGAUAUACUGGAUGGUGGCUGCAGUACAAUUACAUUACCUCUGCAGCGUUGGACUGCGGUCUCAUUCUAUCUACGCUUGUUAUCUUCUUCACUCUCUAUCUCACAAGCUCUUCUUCGCCAGACUGGUGGGGCAAUAGAGCAGCUGUUCACACUAUGGACUACGACUAUGCAGCCAUAAAGUCCAACAUUACACUUGAAAAGGGCCCUGGUGCUACAUUUGGACCUACCGUAUUCUAGAUGGCGAAGAGUGUUCAGCGUACAUGGGAGUCUGGCGUGGCUUGUUGGUCAUGUUGGGAGUAACGGCGUUUUACAUAUUGAUUAUUGUCAGCAUUUGGAUGUAUGAAGCGUGGUCCAGUAAAUUGGCUUUUUUUUUUUUUUUCAAAAUUUCUCUG